AAUGGAUCCUGUCCAACCACCCUUCAGGGGCUCUUCUGUGAACCCAUCUCAGUGUGUACGGAUGCCUGGCUCUUGGCUACAAGCUCCUAAACCUUUGGACUCAGCGCUGGGCAGGGCAGGAUCUACAGGCAGAGGCCAUGUAUUUGGGAAGCCAGGGGAACCAAGCCCACGGAGUGGGCCAGCACAAAGGGAAUGUGUGGAUUUGGUCUCCAUGUUCCGAGGACUGGGCCUUAAAACAGUGUCUCGGACCCCUCUGAAACGGGAAAUGCCUCCAUUAGGUAGAGGCAUUUUAGGUCGAGGCUUGUCUACCAGUAUGGUAUGCAAGGACAAAGAAGAACCCCAUCCCACUUUUCCGGAUCCUUCAGUGCUGGCAGCUGGGGAUAACAAGAUGGCAGAGGCCUGUGUUGGUUGGAAUAGAAUGCUUGGAAGAGGGAAUUCGGAUAUGUCUUUAUUCCCUUUGGGAAGAGCAGCUGGUGGUAUAGGCAGAGGAGUAUACAAGGCUCCUGCUACUCUCAGCUUGACUUCUCGGGAUCCUGCCCAGCUGUCAUCACCACCACCUCUGCCCCCAUCCUCACCACACUCUCUGGAUCACCCUCUACUUGGGACUGUAGAACACAAGGGAAAAGAGCUUUUUGUGAAGCAAGGAUCAAAAGGUACACCUCAAUCUUUGGGAUUGAAUCUUAUCAAAAUACAGUGUCAUAAUGAAGCAGUCUAUCAAUAUCAUGUGACUUUCAGCCCCAAUGUGGAGUGCAAAAGCAUGAGGUUUGGCAUGCUGAAGGACCAUCAAGCUGUCACCGGCAACGUUACUGCUUUUGAUGGAUCCAUUCUCUAUCUGCCUAUUAAACUUCAGAAACAAGUCCUUGAGUUAAAAAGUCAAAGGAAAACUGAUGAUGCAGAGAUCAGCAUUAAGAUUCAAUUGACAAAGAUCCUGGAGCCCUGUUCUGACUUGUGCAUUCCCUUCUACAAUGUUGUUUUCCGUCGGGUAAUGAAACUUCUAGAUAUGAAGCUUGUAGGGAGAAACUUUUAUGACCCUACAAGUGCUAUGGUUCUACAGCAGCACAGGUUGCAGAUCUGGCCAGGCUAUGCAGCUAGUAUCCGAAGAACAGAUGGAGGUCUUUUUCUGCUAGCUGAUGUCUCCCAUAAGGUCAUUCGGAAUGAUUCAGUGCUGGAUGUCAUGCAUGCCAUGUAUCAGCAGAACAAAGAAAACUUCCAGGAUGAGUGCACUAAGCUUCUGGUUGGCAAUAUUGUUAUAACCCGAUACAACAAUCGUACCUAUCGCAUUGAUGAUGUGGAUUGGAAUAAGACACCAAAAGAUAGCUUCACAAUGUCUGAUGGGAAGGAGAUCACAUUCUUGGAAUACUACAGCAAAAACUAUGGGAUCACAAUUAAGGAAGAGGACCAGCCACUGCUGAUCCACAGGCCCAGUGAGAGACAGAAUAACCAAGGGAUGCUGCUGAAAGGCGAAAUCCUGCUGCUGCCUGAGCUUUCAUUCAUGACUGGAAUCCCUGAGAAGAUGAAGAAGGACUUCAGAGCCAUGAAGGAUUUAACCCAGCAGAUCAACCUGAGCCCCAAACAGCACCAUAAUGCUUUGGAAUGCUUGCUGCAGAGAAUUUCGAAGAAUGAGACAGCUAGCAAUGAAUUGGCGCGCUGGGGACUCUGUCUCCAGAAGGAUGUACAUAAGAUUGAAGGACGUGUUCUGCCAAUGGAAAGAAUUAACUUAAGAAAUACUUCAUUUAUUACAUCUCAGGAACUAAACUGGAUUAAGGAAGUAACCAGAGAUCUUUCCAUCUUGACUGUCCCCAUGCAUUUCUGGGCACUGUUUUACCCAAAGAGAGCAAUGGAUCAGGCCCGAGAACUGGUUAAUAUGUUGGAAAAGAUAGCUGGCCCCAUUGGUAUGCGUCUGAGCCCACCAGCCUGGGUUGAACUAAAGGAUGAUCGAAUUGAGACCUAUGUCAGAAGCAUUCAAUCCAUGCUAGGAGUUGAGAGGAAGAUACAGAUGGUUGUUUGCAUCAUCAUGGGAACACGUGACGAUCUCUAUGGGGCUAUUAAAAAGCUGUGCUGUGUGCAGGCUCCUGUGCCCUCACAGGUCAUCAAUGUUCGAACCAUUGGUCAGCCAACCAGGCUUCGGAGUGUGGCCCAGAAAAUUUUACUUCAGAUUAAUUGUAAAUUGGGUGGUGAGCUCUGGGGAGUGGAUAUUCCUCUGAAACAAUUAAUGGUGAUUGGGAUGGAUGUUUACCAUGACCCCAACCGAGGCAUGCGCUCCGUGGUUGGCUUUGUUGCAAGCAUCAAUCUCACACUCACAAAAUGGUAUUCACGAGUGGUGUUCCAGAUGCCUCAUCAGGAGAUUGUGGAUAGCCUGAAGCUAUGCCUGGUGGGUUCCUUAAAAAAGUUUUAUGAGGUGAACCACUGUCUCCCCGAGAAGAUUGUGGUAUACCGUGACGGAGUGUCUGAUGGCCAACUAAAGACAGUUGCCAACUAUGAGAUUCCUCAGCUACAGAAGUGUUUUGAAGCUUUUGAGAAUUAUCAGCCCAAGAUGGUAGUAUUUGUAGUUCAGAAGAAAAUCAGUACCAAUUUGUACCUGGCUGCUACUGAGCACUUUGUGACUCCCUCCCCUGGGACUGUGGUAGAUCAUACCAUAACAAGCUGUGAGUGGGUGGACUUCUACCUUCUUGCCCAUCACGUACGGCAGGGUUGUGGCAUUCCUACCCAUUAUGUCUGUGUUCUCAACACUGCAAACCUGAGUCCUGAUCACAUGCAGAGGUUGACUUUCAAGCUGUGCCACAUGUACUGGAACUGGCCUGGCACCAUCAGAGUCCCAGCUCCCUGCAAGUAUGCCCACAAGCUAGCUUUUCUGUCAGGACAGAUCUUGCAUCAUGAACCAGCCAUCCAGCUGUGCGAAAACCUGUUCUUCCUGUGACUGGGCAGCCAGGAUAUGGGUGCUUAGGGAGAUUAGACUUCUGAACUCAGCUGCAACUCAGGCAGGAUCAAGAGGGACCCAAGGGGUUUUUGUGUUGGUGGUGGGUUGUUGUGUGUGUGUGUGUGUGUGUGUGUGUGUGU